UCGUAAAUAACGUCACACUGACUAAACUCAUAAUUUUUUACUAUAAUUUUUUUAGUGAAGAUGGACUAUUACGACUGGAAGUCCACCAUCAAAAGCAAUCUCUUUAUGCUCCGAUUAAUCGGGUUAUGGCCAAAAGGUGAAGAAGGAUACAAAGUGGAUUUUUACAUGCUUUACGCAUCAUUUUUAUUGCUAACAUUCGUCUUAACCCACAUUUUCUUUCAAACCAUCAACAUUUACUUCAUCCGAACAAACUUAGCUGCAGUUACUGGGACAAUUUACGUGCUGUUAGUGGAAAUGCUCCUACUCUCCAAAGUGUAUUAUUUGAUCACAAAUAUGACAAUUUUGAAACAACUUUUGCACAUUUUGGACACUGAAAUGUUUCAACCGAAAAACUCAGCUCAAAUACUUGAAAUCGAGUCGAAUAUAUGGGCCUGGAAGUUGAUUUACAAAUCGUUCACGUAUAGUUGUUUUGGUGUUAAUAUGUUCUGGGCCAUGUAUCCACUUUUUGACGAAACUGAUCGACGUUUGCCUUUUAUUGCUUGGUACCCUUACAAUACUAGAAUUACACCGUUUUAUGAAAUCACAUACGCACAUCAGAUAAUCAGUGUUAGCUUUAUCACAAUUAUACACGUGAAUGUUGAUGCUUUAGCUGCGGCUUUAAACGUGUUCAAUGGUAGCCAGUUUGAUAUUUUGGAAGACAAUUUAAGAAACUUGCAUAAACUUAAAAAGAACGGUGUUGUAGAUGUUAGGCAGAAUUUGACCUAUUGUGUUAGGCACCACAAACACAUUUUGAGUUUUGCAGAUAAGUGUAAUAACUAUUUGAACUGGAUUUUGUUUUUGCAAUUUUUCAUAAGUGGGGUAGCUAUCGGAAUGACAAUGUUUCAGUUAACUUUGGUGGUUUCUUUUUCGACAGAAUUCUAUGCAUUUUUGACAUACGGAAUUGCCAUCACGAUGCAAGUUUUUAUGUACACUUGGUUCGGAAACGAAGUAAAAUUUAAGAGCAGUAAAGUUUCCUAUGCUUUAUUUGAAUGUGAAUGGAUCGACUUCUCCCAAAAAGUUAAAAAGGAUUUAAUAUUUUUCACAAUAAGGCUUCAAAAACCAGUGAAACUUUCAGCAUUUAACUUGUUUUACCUCUCACUACAAACUUUCAUGAAGAUUUUGAAAACUUCAUGGUCUUACUUUGCCCUUCUUCAUCAAGUAAAUACCCGAUAAAAACAACCUACAAUGUAACAAUAACAUAGU